AUGGCGUCCGAGGAAGAAUACGACUUUGAUUACAGCGAUGAGGAUGAGGACAUGGAAGAUGCCGAGACUGCAGACUUGCACGUGCAAAUCGAGAAUGCCUAUUACUCGGCAAAGCAGUUGCUAGAAGGUGAACGGCCGGAGCGAGAAGCUGCUUUGGUGGCACUUAAGGAGGUGCUGAAGCUGCAGAAUGAGCAGACGGACUGGGGAUUUAAGGCGCUCAAGCGGACGGUGAAGUUGCUGUUUGAAAUGCAACGACAUGAUGAGGCCAUGCGAAGGUACGAGGAGCUAUUGGGCUACACGAAAACGGCAGUGACGCGAAAUAUAGGAGAGAAGGGCAUCAAUAGUAUCCUGGAUUUUGUAUCAACGAGCAAGACUUGGGAGAUCCUGCAGAGAUUCUACGAGACGACGUUAGAGACGCUUAAAGAGGCGAGGAAUGAGAGGUUGUGGUUCAAGACAAGUGUAAAACUGGGCAAUUUGUUGUACGAGAUUGGAGACUUUUCGAGGCUGAGCAAAAUUAUAAAAGAGUUGUUGGUGUCGUGCAGCGAUGAGGAUGGAGAUGAUGGUGUCAGGAAAAACUCACAGCUAUUAGAAGUGUAUGCGCUACAGAUUCAGAUGUACACGGCACAGAAAGACAACAAGAAGCUGGUGUCAAUUUACGAGAAAGCAUUACGGACCAAGUCAGGCGUUGCACACCCGAAAAUUAUUGGUGUCAUCCAUGAAUGUGGUGGUAAGAUGUACAUGAUGCAACGCGAGUGGGACAAGGCACGUAGUGACUUUUUCUCCGGAUUCAAGAGCUACGACGAAGCUGGUGAACCGCGGCGGCUUCAGUGUUUAAAGUAUUUGGUGCUGGCCAACAUGCUGAGUGAAUCUCAAGUCAACGUUUUUGACUCACAGGAGGCCAAACCGUACGAAAAUGACAAAGAAAUUGUGGCCAUGACGAUGCUGACGGACGCUUUUCUGCAUGACAAAAUCAAGGUUUUCGAGCAUGUGCUGACCCAGAAUCAGGAAGCGAUUAUGGACGACCCUUUCAUCAAGCACUACAUCGACAGUCUGCUGCGAACAAUUCGUAGCAAGGUGCUACUCAAAAUUGUCAAGCCUUAUCGCACGAUGGAUACACAGUACAUUGCACGCGAGCUCAACGGUAUCCCACUUUCCGAGGUGGAAUCGUUGCUGUCAGCGCUAGUACUGGACAAGAAAAUUGAGGCACGCAUCGAUCAGGUUCGUCAUACGCUUGUGCUUAUGGACCGCAAGCCCGAGGAGAAGUUCCACACAUCUAUCCAAGGCUGGUGCAAUGCUCUCGAGAAGUUUCAUUCAGUUACGGUGGACCGCAUUAGCACUGGCAUAUGA